UUUUUUUUUUCAUGGCUGAAAAUACAACAUUGCCUAUUGAGCCUAUACCCUCUGUUUAUCAUAGCGACUGGCUUCCUUUAAUCAUAGCCACUGUUUUAUUAUUGAUUGUUGUCGUCUUUACACUCUCGAGAUAUGGUAAUAUUAAAAGUCAGGCUUGGUAUGUGAGUAUGGUCUGUACCAUAGGUUGGUUCUUUCCCUUUUGGAUUGUGUUUCUAUUACCACUUGAUUUGGCUUCGACUGUCUAUGAUGAUAGGAAGGGUAGAGUGCCCUUUGCUUAUGUAUCAGAGUCAUUUUUGUUUGUUGCUUGGCGAGUAUUGUAUUGGACUUCUUUUUGUUUAACUUGGUUCACUAUUCCUAUGUUACAGGCUUAUGUGAACACAGGUGAAUUUACGAUAGCAAAGCGUAUUAAAUCAGCUAUUCAUGUCAAUCUUCGUUUUUAUUCCAUCUAUCUUGUUGUGGGUCUGGUCGGAUUGAUUUAUUUGGUUUUCGGCAGUGGAUUGACAACGAGAGAAGGCAUCCAGAGUUAUGUGAUGGCUGCUGCUAAUAGUUGGGGCUUGUUCUUGGUGAUUGUGUUGAUGGGCUAUGGGCUAGUAUCUGUGCCUCGUAGUUUAUGGUAUACAGGUCAUUAUACAGCACGCUUGCAUCAUCUGUAUGCCAAUGCUGCUCGAGUAAAAGAAGAAUGUAUGGAUAGUGAACUUGAAUUCAAUGAAUUAGCCAAGACAAUGAAUGCCAUUGCUAGAAAAGCCAUGACACAGCCUUCAGAUAUAAAAAAAUGUAUCACGACAAUGAACAGACGAUUCCCGUUUAUACUCCAUGAAGCCUUUGCAGAAAGAACUCCUUCCAUUCAACUUCCGACUGUCUUGACUGAAGAAUACCUUGUUAAACUAUGUCGACACAUGAUUUUGGCUAUCCGUAUGAAAGAUAGGAAAACAGCGUUAUGGAAAAACUUGCUUCAUGAAGCAUUUUAUCUUCAAGACAUUGUACGCAACAAAGAUAAAAGUAGCCGUCAAUUUACCUCCACGUUGAGAUCCAAAACAGAUGUAUCUUUAUGGCAAAAGUUAUCAUCUUCUGCAGAAUGGUGGUGGACAAUUCGUAUUGCACCUUUGCUUGGUAAAAUAGGUGCUAUUGUAUUUGCCAUCAUGAGUGUGUGCAUCAUUUGGUCUGAACUUGUGUUUAAUGUUCGAAAACCUGCUAUUAUUUCCAUUGCCUACUACAUCUUAAAUGCAUGCGGUACAAAUUAUGCUGCAUUACAGAUCAUUGCUUUCUUUACAUUGAUGUACAUGUGUAUCUGUGUCUAUUCUUCUUUGUUCAAGAUCCGGUUCUUUAAUCUAUAUCUUCUUAUUCCUAACCAUCAUACAGACGAAAAUAGUCUACUAUGGUUUACUGGUUAUAUGUGUAAAAUGAUGGCUCCUUUAUGUUACAACUUUAUUAAUUUGGCUGUGGAUGCACCAGGCGUGAGUGAAGCUGUAUUUACAACCUUUAUGGGCAAGGCAGAAUAUAUCAAGUUUUUAGGUGCUUUUGCAGAUUGGUUUCCUGUCAUUAUCUUGAUUCCUUCAUUGACACUGUUGUUUAACAUCCAGGGCAGAUGUCUUGGCUUGUGUGGUAUCAAGAGUCCGUAUCAGGCAAAUGAUGAAGUGGAUCUAAUGGAAGAUGAUCCCGAGUCUAACCAGCGAGGCAUGAUGGACUCUGAUUAUGAAGAAGGCGCCCAACUCAUCAAAGAAGAAAGGCGAACCAGAGAGCGUGAGAUCAACCCAAAUGCAAGAGUGAGUACACAAAGUACAAGAAACAGUGAAUAUGUGAAUCGUAAAUACAAACGCACACCUGCUCCUGAUUCAUUAAGAAGUGAACGAGAUAGACGUGUGGAUGAGAUUUUGUCAGCCAGGAGCAGUAUGGAUCGAUAUAGAGACAGUCCUUCUUCUUCUGCUUCUUCUACAUUCUCGGGUAACAAUGAUGCAGUCAAGCUAUCUUCUCAUUUUACAUCCUUGGGUGAGAACCUCAAGCAGAAACUAGGAGGAUUCUUCAGUCCGUCUAUGAAAACGAAUCCUGAGAGCAUGCCGUCUUCACCAAGAGCUGCUACACCCAAUGAUUCAACAACACAUCAUCAUGGAACGGGUGGCCGUGUUUUUGGACGUCCUGUAACAAACGAAAACCAUAGUCCAUUUGGAGACAAUAGACAUGAAAAUAGCAACCCAUCUUCAAGACCUACGUCACCUAACCCUUUCUUUAUUCCACCUUCAGGUAUCAAUCAGAAUGCAUCUCCAUUUUCUCGAUUUGAAGAUGCUAGUAGAAGCAACAACAUCUUUGAUGAUAUUUAGAAGAAAAGUCCCAUGUACUACCUAAUGAUCAAAAUAAAAGUCUAGGCAAAUCCAGGCACAUAUUCCAUCCAACAUAUUCUCGAAUGGGUACAUUGACGUUUCUUUGUAUCAUUUUUGAAUAUAAGGAGAAAACUGGGGGGGUUUCUCUUUCUUUUCUUUCUUUUAUUUUAGAAUGCCUAUUACUUGGAUGAUCGUUUCCAACACUUUUCUUAUUCCUUUUGAUUCUGAAAAUCAAAUGUAUCUUGAGAAUGCACAUUUAUUGGGCCAAUCUCAAGUCAAACUUACCGAUUCUCAUUUUCCAAACAAAGGGCCAGUGCUAAUUGACUUGAGCAGUAGUACAGCAAAAGCAGAUAAAUGCAUGACUUACAGCAUUUGUCGAUGGAUUGUCUAAUUGCGUCUGUCAUCAAUAAAUCAUGUCUCAUGACAUCGUUGUCACACGCAUACACCAACAC